UUUCCCCUGGAUCAGUGAAGGUCAGUUUAACCCCUUCUAUUUUGAAACCAUUCCUCGUUUUAGGAGGAAGCUGCAUUUUUUAAGUCAUGGCUGUGCCGCUGUUUGAUGGAGUGGUUUUUUGGUCGGUGUGGUCAUUAAACCAGAUAAUCACACACGUUGAGGAAGAAGAGCGCUUUGGAGCUGAUUAAAGUCAUGUAGGAGUUAAUGCGAGACUGGCAGGGUAUGUGAAGCAAGAGAGAAUCUUUAACCAGCUCUGCUGUUCCUUCCACAUACCACAAACUUGGAAAGCGAAGAUGUGAGUGUUGAAUGCUGCAGCAGGAGACUCGUGUAAUUGCAUCGCAGGUGGAUGCUUACUCAUUUCAUGUGUUAUCGUAUUCAGAGUACCUGCAAGUUUAUCUAGGAUUUUUUUUCUCCCUCCCCACUGGAAGCAUGUUGCAAGACUUCAUAUUUGUUGAGCUUUAUUUUCAACAGUUUUGAUCUCCCCCACCACCACCCUCAUAGUAUCGCAUCUGUUUUAUUUUGCAGAUUUGCCUGUGCUGGGGGCAAAGUAUUUGUGGAAACAUCCUAGUUUAGGAACUUUCUGCCUGGGGAUCCUGUUGCCAGAAGAGAUAAGAUCAAAGCCCAGCCCGACUGUAUUUAGGCCUACAUGUAAGACCCGCCUUUUUAAGAAAACCCCAGGAACUGGAUGCUAAUAAUUAAACAAAAAUAAAACUCCUUCACUGUAUACACCCCACUUCCAUAGAAGUGAACCAUUUUUGUUAUGCUUCUUCAGACUUCUUUAUUUUGUGUAGUGCUGAGUACCAAAGCAAAAAUUGACUUAGGAAUGCCUAAAUAGUAUAAAUGACUUUAUAACUUACUUAUUGAAGAAACUGUGUCUAGUCCCCAACAGGAAAUACUCUAAUGAUCAUUUUAAUCAAGAGGACCGAAGGUUUUAUGCCUCCGCUUCUCCCAACACCUACUUUUCUCCAUCAAGCCCAAUGGAUCAGAUGGGGAAGAUGAGACCUCAGCCAUAUGGAGGAAGUAACCCAUACGCACAGCAGCAGGGACCUCAGUCAGGGCCGCAGCAAGGACAUGGAUAUCCAGGACAGCCAUAUGGGCCACAGACUCCCCAGAGAUAUCCAAUGGCAAUGCAAGGCAGGACGCAAAGUGCAAUGGGCAGCAUCUCAUAUGCACAGCAGAUUCCUCCUUACGGACAGCAGGGCCCCAGCGCGUAUGGGCAGCAGAGCCAGACUCCGUAUUACAACCAGCAAGGUCCUCAUUCCCAACAGCAGCAGCCUCCGUAUUCUCAGCAGCCCCCAUCCCAGACCCCUCACACCCAGCCUUCUUAUCAGCAGCAACAGCAGCCUCAGUCUCAGCCUCCGCAGCUUCAGUCAUCCCAGCCUGCGUACUCCCAGCAGCAGUCCCAGCCACAGCAUCAACAGUCCCCAUCUCCGUAUCCUCAGCAGCCAUCCACAGCCCAGCAGCAUCAACCAAGUCAGCCCCCCUACACCCAGCAGCAGUCACAGUCACCCUACCAGCAGCAGCAGACUCCACAGACAGCAUCCUCAGCUCUCUCUCAGCAGUCCUCUUCAUACCCUCAGUCACAACCGCAGCAGCAGCAGCAGCAGUCUGCAUACUCCCAGCAACGAUUCCCACCUCCUCAGGAGUUAUCUCAAGACUCAUUUGGGUCACAGGCAUCAUCUGCCCCUUCAAUGGCUUCCAGUAAAGGACAAGAAGAUAUGAACUUGAAUCUUCAGUCCAGACCCUCCAGCCUGCCGGACCUGUCUGGGUCAAUAGAUGAUCUCCCCAUGGGUACCGAAGGAGCCCUGAGUCCUGGAGUAAGCACGUCAGGGAUAUCCAGCAGCCAAGGAGAGCAGAGUAACCCAGCUCAGUCUCCUUUCUCUCCACAUACCUCUCCUCACCUACCAGGAAUCAGAGGACCUUCCCCUUCCCCUGUUGGAUCUCCUGCCAGUGUUGCUCAGUCCCGUUCUGGCCCACUCUCACCUGCUGCUGUACCAGGCAAUCAGAUGCCACCCCGACCACCCAGUGGGCAAUCGGACAGUAUCCUGCAUCCUUCCAUGAACCAGUCGAAUAUAGCCCAAGACCGAGGUUACAUGCAGAGGAAUCCUCAGAUACCCCAGUAUAGCUCCCCUCAGCCUGGCUCUGCCUUAUCUCCACGUCAGUCUUCUGGUGGACAGAUGCAUGCCGGGAUGGGACCUUAUCAGCAGAACUCCAUGGCAAGCUAUGGACCGCAGGGGGCUCAGUAUGGGCCUCAAGGAGGCUAUCCCAGGCAGCCAAACUACAAUGCCAUGCCCAAUGCCAACUACCCCAGUCCCGGAAUGGGAGGAACCAUGAACCCAAUGGGAGCAGGGAGCCAGAUGCAUGGCCAGACUGGUGUGCCACCUUAUACUGGGCUUCCCCCGGGAAGGAUGAGCCAUGCAACCAUGGGGAACAGGCCCUAUGGACCCAACAUGGCAAAUAUGCCUCCUCAGGUGGGAACAGGGAUGUGUCCCCCGCCAGGUGGCAUGAACCGGAAAGCACAAGAAGCAGCUGCUGCUGCCAUGCAUGCUGCUGCCAACUCCAUUCAGAACAGGCCACCUGGCUAUCCCAACAUGAACCAAGGUGGAGUGAUGGGGACUGGGCCUCCUUAUGGACAAGGAAUCAACAGUAUGGCUGGCAUGAUAAACCCCCAGGGUGCUCCAUAUCCCAUGGGAGCAAAUAUGGCUAACAACUCCGCAGGGAUGGCAGCAAGUCCUGAGAUGAUGGGCCUUGGGGAUGUCAAACUAACACCUGCAGCUAAAAUGAACAACAAGGCAGAUGGGACGCCAAAAACAGAAUCCAAGUCAAAGAAGUCCAGUUCCUCUACUACCACCAAUGAGAAGAUUACCAAAUUGUACGAGCUGGGUGGUGAACCAGAAAGGAAGCUUUGGGUAGACCGUUACCUAGCCUUCACCGAAGAGAAAGCAAUGGGAAUGACCAAUCUCCCAGCUGUGGGCAGGAAACCCCUAGACCUUUACCGGCUCUACAUCUCCGUAAAGGAGAUUGGAGGACUGACUCAGGUCAACAAAAACAAGAAAUGGCGGGAGUUAGCCACCAAUCUCAAUGUGGGCACGUCUAGCAGUGCAGCCAGUUCUUUGAAGAAGCAGUAUAUCCAGUGUCUCUAUGCCUUUGAGUGCAAGAUUGAGCGAGGCGAAGACCCUCCUCCAGACAUCUUUGCAGCUGCUGAUUCAAAGAAGUCCCAGACUAAGAUACAACCUCCAUCUCCAGCGGGUUCAGGCUCUAUGCAGGGUCCCCAGACACCUCAGUCCACCAGCAGCUCUAUGGCAGAAGGAGGAGACUUGAAACCCCCGACUCCAGCAUCAACACCACACAGUCAGAUGCCCCCUUUGUCAGGCAUCAGGAGCAACUCAGUUGGCCUUCAGGAUGCCUUUGCAGAUGGCAGUGAUCCCACGUUCCAGAAGCGGAACUCCAUGACUCCAAAUCCAGGGUACCAGCCCAGCAUGAAUACCUCUGACAUGAUGGGUCGCAUGUCCUACGAGCCAAAUAAGGAUCCUUAUAGCAGUAUGAGGAAAGCUCCUGGAAGUGAUCCCUUCCUGUCCUCAGGGCAGGGCCCCAACAGUGCUAUGGGUGACCCUUAUAAUCGUGCUGCAGGUCCAGGAAUGGGUAACAUGGUCAUGGGGCAACGGCAACACUAUCCCUAUGGAGGGCCUUACGAGCGAGUGAGGACGGAGGCUGGAAUGGGACCUGAGGGCAGCUUGGGCACCGGCACUCCGCAGCCCAACAUCUUGCCUUCCACCCCUGACUCGGGGAUGUACUCUCCCAGCCGCUAUCCACAGCAGCAGCAGCAGCAGCAGCAGCAACAGCAGCAGAGACAUGAUUCCUAUGGCAAUCAGUUUUCCACUCAAGGCACAUCUUCUGGCAGCCCCUUCCCUAGCCAGCAAACCACCAUGUAUCAGCAGCAACAGCAGAACUAUAAGCGGCCGAUGGAUGGCACUUACGGUCCCCCUGCCAAGCGGCAUGAAGGGGAGAUGUACAACGUACCAUACAGCGCUGGACAGGGGCAGGCACAGCAGCAGCUGCCUGCAGCACAGACCCAGCAACCGAGCCAGCAGCAAACUGCACAGCCUUCUCCGCAACAGGACAUGUACAACCAGUAUGGGAGCACAUACCCUGCUACUGACCGCCGGCCCUCUGGAGGGCCCCAGAACCAGUUCCCAUUCCAGUUCAGCAGAGAAAGGGUCUCGGCCCCCCCAGGCUCAAAUGCUCAGCAGAACAUGCCUCCUCAGAUGAUGGGUGGUCCCAUCCAGUCUACUCCAGAGGGGCCACAGCAGGGCACCAUGUGGCAAGGGCGCAAUGAAAUAGGGUACAGCUAUCCAAAUCGGCAGAGCACUGGCUCUACGCCGCAGGGGCCUGCUUAUCACGGAGUAAACCGAACAGAUGAAAUCCUACAUUCAGAUCAGAGGGUCAAUCACGAGGGCCCGUGGCCUUCCCAUGGCAACCGUCAACCUCCUUAUGGGCCCGCUGCCCCUGUGCCCCCAAUGACGAGACCCCCACAGUCUAACUACCAGACCCCUCCUAGCAUGCAGAAUCACAUUCCUCAGGUAUCCAGCCCAGCACCUCUGCCCAGACCUCUGGAGAACCGCACCUCACCCAGUAAAUCUCCGUUCCUGCACUCGGGGAUGAAAAUGCAGAAGGCAGGACCUCCUGUCCCUGCCUCUCACAUAGCACCAGCAGCUGUGCAGCCUCCCAUGAUACGGAGGGACAUCACCUUCCCACCCGGAUCAGUGGAAGCUACACAACCUGUGCUGAAGCAAAGAAGACGGUUGACAGCAAAAGAUAUUGGGACUCCUGAAGCGUGGAGGGUGAUGAUGUCUCUGAAGUCUGGGCUGCUGGCUGAAAGUACGUGGGCCUUAGAUACCAUAAACAUCCUGCUGUAUGAUGACAACAGCAUAAUGACCUUCAACCUCAGCCAGCUGCCAGGGUUGCUAGAACUCCUGGUGGAAUACUUCCGGCGUUGCCUGAUUGAAAUUUUUGGGAUCCUGAAGGAGUAUGAGGUGGGAGAUCCAGGACAAAGAACACUAUUGGAUCCCGAAAGGUUCUGCAAGUCUUCAAGUCCCUCUCUUGACGAGGGGGAAUAUGAAGAGGAGCUGCAGAGCCCGAACUGUGAGGAGGAGGAGGAGGAGGAGGAGGAAGAGGAGGCUGCCUUUGCGAGCAAGGACAAAGCACCCCUGGAGAGCAGCGAGGAGAAGCUGGUCAGCAAGUUUGACAAGCUUCCAGUCAAGAUUGUGCAGAAAAAUGACCCCUUUGUGGUAGAUUAUUCCGACAAGCUGGGGCGCGUGCAGGAGUUUGAGAGCGGGUUGCUGCACUGGCGGAUUGGCGGGGGCGACACCACGGAGCACAUCCAGACCCACUUCGAGAGCAAAAUGGAGCUACCUUGGAUUCACAGACGAGCUUCCUGCAGCGCUGCCUCAAGAAAACGUCUAGCAGCCGAGAGCAAUCCGGGCACUAGGGAGGGAGAGAACCCUCCAUCUGAUGGCCCCCCAGAGAAGAGGAUAACGGCCACCAUGGAUGACAUGCUUUCGGCCCGGCCAGGGUCCCUGCCGGAGGAAGAGGAAGAGGUCAAAAACUCGGAAGCAACAAAGGAAAGCAGCAAGUUCCCAUUUGGUAUCAGUCCAGCUCAGAGCCACAGAAACAUAAAAAUUCUGGAGGACGAACCUCACAGUAAGGAUGAGACGCCCCUGUGCACCCUCCUGGAUUGGCAGGACUCUCUUGCCAAACGCUGCAUCUGUGUCUCAAAUAUCAUCAGGAGUUUAUCGUUUGUGCCGGGCAAUGACUUUGAGAUGUCUAAACACCCCGGUCUGCUGCUGAUUUUAGGGAAACUGAUUCUGCUGCAUCACAAGCAUCCAGAGCGCAAACAGGCACCGCUGACGUACGAGAAAGAAGAGGAGCAGGACCAAGGGGUGAGCUGCAACAAGGUGGAGUGGUGGUGGGACUGCUUGGAGAUGCUACGUGAAAAUACGUUGGUUACCCUGGCCAACAUUUCUGGUCAGUUGGACCUCUCCCCUUACCCAGAAAGCAUCUGUUUGCCUAUCCUGGAUGGACUCCUCCACUGGGCAGUUUGUCCGUCAGCAGAGGCCCAGGAUCCCUUCCCAACCUUGGGGCCCAGUGCUGUCCUCUCCCCUCAGAGACUGGUUUUGGAAACACUCAGCAAACUCAGCAUCCAGGACAACAAUGUGGAUUUGAUUCUUGCGACUCCCCCCUUCAGUCGCUUGGAGAAGCUCUACAGCACCAUGGUGCGUUUCCUCAGUGACAGAAAGAACCCGGUGUGUCGAGAGAUGGCUGUGGUACUACUGGCCAACUUGGCACAGGGUGACAGCCUGGCAGCUCGAGCGAUUGCUGUGCAGAAGGGCAGCAUUGGCAACCUGUUGGGCUUCUUGGAGGACAGCCUGGCAGCCACUCAGUUCCAGCAGAGUCAGGCCAGCUUGAUGCACAUGCAAAACCCACCCUUUGAGUCGACGAGUGUGGACAUGAUGCGUCGGGCAGCCCGAGCGCUGCUUGCCCUGGCCAAAGUGGACGAGAACCACUCUGAGUUCACGUUAUAUGAAUCGCGGCUGUUGGACAUCUCCGUGUCGCCUUUGAUGAACUCCUUGGUUUCACAAGUUAUUUGUGACGUACUGUUUUUAAUUGGCCAGUCAUGACAGCUGUGGGAUGCCUCUACCCCUGGUGUGCGUGUGCGUGAGUGGAGAACUUAGAAACUGACUGUUGCCCUUUAUUUAUGCAAAACCACCUCAGAAUCCACUGUCUGCCCUGCGCUGUCCUGCUUCUCCCUCGGGGAAAGAUGUCCCCCUUCCCUUCUCCCCUUCCCCUGCCCUUCAAAUUUGUCCUGAACCCCCGGUUCCAGGAGACAGUUCUGCCUACAUAGAAGACUUUUUUUUAUUUUAACCAAAGUUACUGUCGUUUACAGUGAGUUUGGGGAAAACGACUUGCCGUGUUACCGCAUCGACAGGCACCACUUUCAUAACUGUUUUUAAAUGGUAAACUCUGAAGGACAAAAGUGACUGCUGAACUCUGUGUGGUUUAUCGUUGUACAUUCACAAUCUUGCAGGAAUCAAGAAGUUACCAGUUGUGAACAGACCUUGUCCAAUGGAGGCCUGUGCAGUAGAGUGUAGAACUUCAUGUACUGUACACCUUAAACUGUAAACAUACUGUAAUAAUGUCUCACAUUGAAAAGAAAAAAAAAACGCUGGAUCAGCAGCAAGCUGUAGUUUUUAAAAAUGUUUUUAGUUAAUGUUGAGGAGAAAAAAAGGCUUUUCCCCCAAAGUAUCAUGUGUGAACCUACAACACCCUGACCUCUUUCUCUCUUCCUCCUUGAUUGUAUGAAUAACCCUGAGAUCACCUCUUAGAACUGGUUUUAACCUUUAGCUGCAGCCUGAAUGCUGCCACGUGUGUAUAUAUAUAUGACGUUGUACAUUGCACAUACCCUCAGAUCCCUUGCAGUUUUGUCCCUGUCCUCCCCUCCCCUUUAUAGUAUGACGAGUUAACGAGUUGAUGACCUGCAAAAGCGAGACACAAUUAUUUAAUCUCUUGCCAGACAUCUCUCCCUGGAGGAUGCUGUACAGGUCUCUGUGUAUAAAGUCAUUGCUGUCUCAGCAGCCAAUCAACUUAUAGUUUAUUUUUUCCUGUUUUUGUUUUCUUUCUAAUCGAGGUGUGAAAAAGUUCUAGGUUCAGUUGAAGUUCCUGAUGAAGAAACACAAUUGAGAUUUUUCAGUGAUGAAUUCUGCAUAUUUGUAUUUCAGACGAUGUAGCUAAAAACUUGAUGUAAAUUCCUCCCUUUUUUCCUUUUUUGGCUUAAUGAAUAUCAUUUAUUCAGUAUGAAAUCUUUAUACUAUAUGUUCCACGUGUUAAGAAUAAAUGUACAUUAAAUCUUGGUAA